AUGUUGGACUAUAUAACCCUUCCUGGUAGCAAUGACAUUCUUCCUCUAGAGGUGGCACUGUUGAACCUUGUGUGCAAGCCACCUCGCUGCCCUUAUGUUAUAAGUCUGUUGGACUGGUUUGAGACGCCCGCAGACGUGAUCUACAUCCUGGAGCGGCCUGAUAACUGCACUGACCUCUAUAAGUACUGUCAAAAAUUACAGUUCAGAAUGCCUGAAGCUCAUGUUAAACAAAUCAUGCGGCAAGUAGCUCAGGCUACAUGUCACUGCAAGGACCGUGGUGUCUUCCACAGAGACAUUCAAUUAAGCAACGUUCUCCUCAACACCCAGACCUUGGAAGUAAAGCUAACUGAUUUUGGCCUUGGUUGCCUGCGUCAGGGCUUCCUUUGUUCAGAUUGUAGAGUUAUCUACCCAACAAGAUGGAUCUCUCUUAACGAGAGCAUGCAGGAAUUAAGCAUUGUCAGGCAGCUGGGUUAUUUCUUACAUUGCCUGACAGGUGGAAAAUGGUGUCCUGGCAAGCUGAUAUUUUCCAAGAAUCUGUCUGAAGCAUGCUGCAGUCUCAUAAAAUGGUGUUUGGAUGAGGACCCUGGAAAACGGCCAACCCUCGAGCAGCUCCUCACUCAUGAAUGGUUCUGA